UAGUGCUAAGUAAUAAAAAAAAAAAAAUAAAGUAAAAAAAUAUAAAUCGCAAGCGUAAAAAGAAAACCUCAAUCAGCCAAAUCACAAAAAAACGCCUUAACUGGAACACAACGCGGCAAAUACAAUAAAACUCUUUGCAAUUUCCAAUGUAGCCGUUUGGGGAUAUUUAACACGAGCGCUCUUGUUUCGUGUUAAAAAUAUUCAAUUACUUGAAUAUACAUACAUACAUACAUACAUAUGUACACAGUAAUUUGUUGAAAAUCACUUGGCUUUCGAUUUCGAUUUGAAAAAGUGAAAAUUUCCGCAACUGAUCACACAUACAUACAUAAUAUACAUACAUACAUAUAUGCAUGCAAUAUUUCCGCAUUAAAAAUAAAAACGAAAAAAAAAAAAAUUGUUUCUAAUACCUCAAGAAAAUAUAUUACCAAAAACAACCACAACUACAACACAGGCAACAAGUCACGAGAGUUUCGAUUAUUUUGUAUUUCAAUGGGGUGACUUGUGGAACAGUGCUCUCCUGAACCCGGGACCAAAAGGGACUUUAUUGACCAAACAUUCAAACUAACUCCGGCACUCUUUCUUCAAAAUAAAACUACAAAAAAGACAUCAAAGGAAUAAUACACUUUCAUACAUAUUUCAUUCGUAACAAUAGCAAGUUUUCAAAAGUCCAAAAAAACAACAGUUUACCGAGAGGAAAACUCAAAGAAUUUAUUGGCGCUUACCAUCAAACUCCAGGGGGGAAAAUACCACCAGUUUUUGCAUUUAAAAUCUUAAAAAAAAAAACUACAACAACAACAACAAAAGUAAAUAUCUCACGCCCAUCACUUAACUGAGUUUCCCAACAUCACAACAACAAAAGAGCUAGCGACCUAAACGCCUCCUCCGAUGAGCAACACGGUCGUUUUGCCAGUCAAAGUGGCCACAGAAACGCUUAACCUCGGUGCUAACCACCUCGCUUGUGCCAACGCUAACACCGUCAGUGCAGCAGCUGCAGCAGCCCACAACAUCGACGUGCACCGCCGCAGCUUCGGACACUCGUACGCCACACGUGCCGAUCACAAUUAUAACCGAGUGUAAAAUCCAGCAGAAAUCAUUUUUAUUCUUGUGAAAUCAAGUAACCGAAUUCUUCGCACAACACAAAAGAUUCUGUAUUAUCUAAAAAAAAAGAGGCUCUUAUCUUAAAUCUCAAAUAUUAAAAAAAAAAAUCAAAACAAUACAUAACGUCCAACGCAGAGAAGUCGCAAGAAUACCCAAAAGAAAAAGAGAUAAAAACUCAAACGCGGCGGUUUCGCACGCUUUAACGGUUUCAUUUUCACUCUUGUAACCAGUAAACUUCAAGACGGCCGGAACAAUGUUAAAAGUUGUCGGUGCAUCUUGGCAGAAAACUCGGAUAGGGACUUACAUCCUUAUCGGUGCUGGUUUACUUGUGAUCGGAGCUUUCUUCGUUAGUUAUAUGGAACGACCGAAAUACAAUGGAACAUACUGUGCCACUGCGGUUUGGUCGAAACAAACUGGAUUUCACAUUGAAUAUUGGAAACAGCAAAAUGAUCUUCUUAACAUUCCAAAGGGUGCGGCUAGAGUGUGCUAUAAGGAUUCCAUCUAUGAAAAUGGUUGGGCACAAAUCGAGGUGGAAACCCAACGUACCUAUCCGGAUUGGGUACAAGCGUUCGCUGCUGGCAUGCUUGAAGGCUCGCUGACAUGGAAUAACAUCUACAAUCAGUGGAAAAACACCAUCGAAUCGUCCUGCGAACGCGAUGAGAAUUCACAGAACUUUUGCAAAUGGUUACGUGAACUGCUCAACGAAAAUUAUCUGCAAAUCAAGGAGACGGCGCUGCAGCGAGGCGAACACGAUCACUACUGGCAUCAGAUCAGUCUUUACUUCCGGCAAUUGGAGGGUCUCGAGACGGGCUACAUACGUGGCGCAUCACGUGCACGUUCAGAUCUCGAAGAAGAGAUACCAUUCUCAGAUUUCUUACUCCUGAACGCCGCUGCCGAUGUACAAGAUUUGAAAAUAUAUUUUGAGAAUUUCGUCUUAAAGAGCGUUAAUGAGACAGCUGCAACAGGAGAAGGAGCUCAAACUCAUACUGCUGCCGGCGCUGAGUCAACAGUUUCAGGUGCGUCGGCGGAGAUGGGUCCUAAAAAUUUCUUUCUACCCAGCGCAACAAUGCUUACGAAAAUCUUUCAAACUGCUGAUUCGCCAACCUGGCGUCUACUCUUCGGCCACAGCACCGCCGGCAGUUAUGCCUCAAUGUUGCGCAUACAAAAACGUUAUAAAUUUCAUUAUCACUUCUCACCCAAUCAACGUUCGAAUACAGUGCCCGGUGUGGAUAUAACAUUUACCGGCUAUCCGGGCAUACUCGGCUCCACCGAUGACUUUUACAUUGUCAAAGGGCGUCAGGUGCAGUCCAUUGUUGGUGGUGUGGGCAUUAAAAAUGAGAAUCUCGACUUGUGGCAAACGGUAAAUGUGACACAAGCGCUACCCUUGGCCGCACGUGUCAUGGCCGCUAAUCGCAUUGCACAGAACCGUCGCACCUGGGCGAAGGCAAUGUCACGGCACCCCUUCACUGGUUGCAAGCAGUGGAUAACGGUGGACUUGAAUAAAUUGCGACCACAAGACAAUUUGUAUAUGACACUGGCCGAGGAUGAGAAGCAUGAUGAUGCCGCCUUGCCAUUGAAUGCCGCCGAUGAGGCAGCAAUCAGUGAGCGACAUAAUCGCAAUAAGGGCUUGGUGUGGAUUGUCGAACAAUUGCCGGGACGCAUGCAUCUGAAGGAUGUUUCGGAGAGAUUCUUAACUGGCGACAACUCCACGUGGAUAGCGAAUGGUGUGCCGUAUUUCGAUGAGAUGUUGCAAGCGAGCGGCGUAUCGCCGGCUAAUGCCUAUGAAGAUAUGCGCACAACAAUCGAAGAAGAACUCACAAAUCUCGAGGCUGUCGAUCAGUUUAUGCGCAAGCAUGGCUUUCGUGGUGAUCUGCUCGGCGAAGAAUCGGUUGCCUACGGCAAUAUUGACAUCAAAUUGUUUUCGUACAAUGCACAAAUAGGCAUUAGUGAUUAUCAUGCCUUCGCCGGACCCAUCUUCAUACGGCUACAGCACGUACAGCCGCGCGAAGCUGUCGUUAGUGAAUCAACAGACAUGGCAUCGAAUUUGAAGGACGAACGGCUGAGUGUAAGCAUUGAUGAUGCGGCACAGUUGGCCGAAUUGGAGCGUAUUAGCGAUCGGCGUUCGGUGCGUGACGAUAUGGAGGCGAUUGCAAUGCGUGAAGCUUCCAGCGGUCCGUUCAAGUGGUCGGAAGUGGCGAAUCAUAUGGUGGAUGUAGAGCAUAAAGGACAUCCGGAUGAGUUCAACUUUGGUAAGGUGUCACCGAAGUGGGCGUGGUGAGGUGGCUGAUGUUGAGGUUGAAAGUGCAGGGUUGCAAUGUAAAAUAUAAUAGAUUUUUUUUAUAAUUUAAUUUUGCAGACAGUCAAACAUGCAUGUGUUUGUAAACAUUUUAAUUUUUCUACAUACAUACAUACGCAAAUACAUAUUCAUGAUUUGAAACAAAUUCGCUUGUGUUCCAAGAAAUCCCAAAAAAUCAAAAAAAUUCUUUUAAAUAGUAAAUUUUAUGAUUUAUACAUAUUUACAUACAAACAAACAGAUUUCAUCUCAAUUGUUGUGAUUUUAAGUCGAUUGUGCAAAAUUUUAUUCAAAAUAACUUGUAAAAAAGUGAAAUUGUAAAAAAAUAUACACACAAACAUAUGUAUGUAUAUAUUUGUAAUGUUCGUACGUCCAUAGUUUUAAAAAAGGCACCAAUUUUUAACAAAAACAAAAAAAAAAACAAAUCAAAAAUUAGAAAUCUUAGUCUUCCAUAGUAUAUUCCCUUUUGGAAUGGUUGUGUGCAAAAAUAAAUAAAUUUUACAGGAUUUAACAGAAUGUGAUUAUCGAUUUUAGAUUUCUAACUUUUAUACAGAGCAAUUGUGAGAAUAAAAAAUACAUAAAAAUAG